AUGGGCGGCACUUUCAAGGGAGAGAAUGAGCUGAUUCAGAUAACAAUGAUCGACUUUCUGUCAGGCAAGAUAUUGCAGAGCUGUCUUGUCAACCCCUCAAGGCCUAUUAUAGACUGGCGUGAGGAUAUCACCGGUAUAAGCGCUGUUAGUAUGCAGGAGGCCGUUGCAGAAAACAAGGUCCUGCAUGGCUGGGAAGCCGCUCGUGCUGAGCUUUGGCGAUUCGCUGAUAGAGAGACAAUUCUCAUCGGACAAUCUGUCUACAACGACUUGAAGGUAUUGCACGCUUCUCACUCGAGAAUCAUCGACUCGGCUAUCGUUACUGCCGAAGCCGUGCUGGGGAAGGAUUUGAAGAUUCGAAAGAGAUGGGGCCUGAUGACGCUCUGCGACGAGCUCCUAGGAAUCCAGAUUCGCAAACCCUCCCAAACGGGUGGGUGUGGAGUUCACGAUGCUUUGGAAGAUGCUCUUGCAACGAGAGAGGUGGUGCUGCUAUGUGCCCGAGAGCCAGACAAGCUGAGACACUGGGCUAACGCAGCGAGAAAGGCUUUCUUCAAGAAAAAAAUCCGGGGCAGCAAGCAGACGCGCCAUCGACCUAGAAGCAGACUACCUGCAAGGCUUCCCCAAGGCAGCUUGAGGGACGACUACGACGAAACAUUGAGGUGGGAGGAUGUGGUGGACUGGGCAAUUUGGCCGAAAUCGCCUCCCGACUGGGACUAG